CGGGAGGAAACAGUUGUGUCAGAACUGGCCUCACAGCUGCACCGCGCGGAACGCCUUCCCUGCGGAAAGAUACGUCCGUCGACUAGUUAGUUUGGCGUGUGGAGACAGCAGGACUGCUGCAUUGUUGUGACGUGAGAAUAUGGCUACGAAGAAAGCUCCACCGGCAGCGACUUCAUCAGUCGCGGCAGAGCGCUGCUUCCCUCCGGGCUUCAUGUUUGGAGCCGCCACUGCCGCCUACCAGGUAGAAGGCGGCUGGAAUGCAGACGGGAAAGGUGAGAACAGCUGGGACCGAAUAACGCACACCCAUCCAGAGCUGGUCACAGAUGGUAGCAAUGGUGACAUCGCGUGUGAUUCAUACCACCGGUACAAAGAAGACGUGAAGGCCAUCAAAGAGAUGGGGAUGGAUUUCUAUCGUUUCUCCAUAAGCUGGGCACGUAUUUUACCUGAUGGAACCGCCAGUAACGUGAACGAGAAAGGAAUUGAUUACUACAGGACGAUGAUGACAGAACUCUUAGAUAAUGGGAUUCAGCCUAUGGUAACAAUGUUUCACUGGGAUCUUCCGCAACCACUGCAAGAGAUGGGAGGUUGGAUGAACCCUCUUAUGGCAGACUUCUUUGAGGACUAUGCAAGAGUACUUUUUUCACAGUUCGGAGACCUGGUGAAAUGGUGGAUUACCUUCAACGAGCCGGGCCACACAGCCAGAUCAUAUACCACUAACUUCAUUGUUCUGCCAUUCUAUGAAUUACGCAAGCAAGGAGCCAAUUACAUGGCUAUAGACACAAUUCUAAAGGCACACGCCAGGGUUUAUCACAUGUAUGACAAGGAAUUCCGCCCACGCCAAGGAGGUAAGGUGGGAAUAACAAUGCACACCUUUUGGUACGAGCCACCAAAUGAUACAGAGGAGGCCCGUGAAGCCUGUUCAGUAGCGAUUCAACUUGACCUUGGUAUCUUUACCCAUCCAAUAUUCAGCAAAACUGGAGACUACCCUGAAGUAGUGAAACGAAAGGUGGCUGCAGCAAGCCUGGCAGAUGGAUGGCGCAAGUCAAGACUUCCCGAGCUCUCGCAGGAGUGGAUUCGGAAGAUUAAGAAUACGGCAGACUUCUUUGGCUUGAACCACUACACAACAUAUUAUGCUGAGCUGUCAGAAAAUUCUCACUGGUGGCUUCAUGAUUCCGGUGUUCAUUUGUCACAGGAUCCCAAAUGGCCUGCUGCUGCAUCUUCAUGGCUGAGGAUAGUGCCCUGGGGUCUCAACAAAUUGCUGAACUGGAUCAAGAAUGAAUAUGACAAUCCACCUGUGAUGAUAACUGAGAAUGGCUUUUCUACAACUGGAGAAGAAGGGCUGCAUGACACACAAAGGAUCAACUAUUUCAUUAAAUAUCUGAAUGCAGUACUUGACUCAGUUGAUAAUGGAUGCAACAUCCUUGGCUACACAGUGUGGAGUGUUCUUGACAACUUUGAAUGGGCCAGGGGCUACAGUGAGAAAUUUGGUCUGUAUCAAGUUGACUUCAGUCAUCCACACAGAACGCGGACACCAAGAGACUCAGCAAAACUGAUUAAGGAUAUAUGUCAUUCAAGAAAAAUAGUUGCAAUUUCAUCCAAGCAAUGACUCAGUUCUUCUUCAGUGAGUGUAUUGUCCAGAGGGACUUGCAAGCUGUGCUGUUAUUUCCACUAUAUAAUGAUCUCUGUAAGGAUGUGUAGGUAAUUUUGCAUUUUUUUCUUUAGUACAUAGUGGAAGAACUGAGUAUAUAGUAGGUAUUAUUGGAAAUGUCUUCUUAUUAAAAAAGAACAACUACAUUUGUGCUUUUUCUCAUAAAGAUUCAGAAUUGCUUUUUUUUACAUGGUAAACCCAACAGUAUUUUCUCACCUUAUCCAGUUUAGGCAGGCUUAAAGCAAAUUCACAUGUAUGUUUAUUUUUUAAAGACAACUACUCUCCAACAGAUGAAUGGGCACAUAAAAGCAAAUAACAAGUCAAAAAACUGUGUUAAUUCUUGAGCUGUAUUAAUGAGCAUGUUCACAUUGUGGUAGGUUUAUUUCACCAGUCACCUCAGUAGCAGCAUCACUGUCUUCAACAACUGUUUCAGUAUCUGUAUGUCCAUACCCUAACCCUCUUCUGACCCCUACCCCAGCAACUACUGUUUUUUAACUAAGGAGUUCGGAAACAGUCCCUCCAGUAUAACCUUCAGAUUCACAAAUUUUCUAGCUUAAACUUCUGUCUGCUAGUCCCAUCUAUGGCCACGGCCUUCCCAGUCUGUACUACCCUUCCUACUCCCUUAACCUCCCUUUACCCCUACUGUAAACUCUUGCAUAAGGUAGAUUUUCCAGCAUGAGUCCCAAACGCUAUACUUACCAGCAUACGAAACUGGCUGACAUGUGGUGUAAGUAGUAUGUCCUCACAGAGUGGACACAAAGAAAAUGUUGUACAUAGCUAUAUGUACAAGAUUGUCACUGCAUAACUACUGCAUUUCCAAAUCUGCCAGGAAGUAUCCCUUGAGUCACUAAAACAUUAAGAAAAUAGUUCAAAGUUUGUCCUAUCAAUUCAACACAAGAGUUUAAUCCUGUAAGAGUAUAUAUAUAUAUAUAUAUACUCCUGUAAGAAUUCACUGUUAAAAAUAUUUACCAUCCCAUACCUCACUGCAGACUUCAAAAUAUAUAGUAAACUGAGCAGAUUUAUUCAUUGCUAUUCCCAGAUGGUAGCCUGUAUAUUUACAUAUUUCAUUGUUAUGCUGUAAAAAGUCUUUUGUCAUGUGAAGGGUUAUUACUCUACUAGAAAUACUGUCACAACCAGAUGAAUUGGCACUCUUUAACAAUAUAUUGGCUUUUCUUAUGGCAAAUAGGAUCACAAAAAUAAUGACAUGUUGAAGGGAGUCAUAUUUAAAAGAAUUAUAAACAUUCUCAAUAAGUGCAACCUAAUGUUUGAAAAUCGAAAUGGAUUCUUAAAAUGUAAAUCAACUAUCACAUCAGCUGCUCCAUUAACUGAAGCAGUAAUAUUUGACAUCAAGAACAAGUAAAAUGUUGCAGGUACAUACUCAACCUUGAGACACCUUUUGACUGUGUGAAUGCUACUAUCCUAUUAGCUAAGCUAUGGAACAUUGACAUCAGAGGCACUGCUCAUGACUUAACAAAGUCUUACUUGAGCAACAAAACCAGUUUGUACUACUUAAAAUUGAAAGUCAUGUCCACAAAUCCAAACUCGCUAAUAUAAAAUAUGGAGUGCCCCAGGGCUUUGUAUAGGGUCCUGUUCUGUUUUUGAUUUAUGUAAAUAACAAAACAUUUCACUCAAUGUUCCAAAGUAGUUUCGCAUGCAGAUAAUAUGCCUAUUGUGUGUAAAAAGAAAUCAUUUAACAAACUACACACCCAUUGUAAUAAUGCGACAAAUGAAACUUUUCAAUACUUUAAUAAAGCCACACAAAUGCAAGCACCAGGAAAACAUGGUUCAUGGAGUUCAGUAACAAUAGUUCCAAUGAUGAAAUUAAACUAUACACAGGCAAGAGUUGAGAGUAAAAUUCAUUGGCUUAACAAUUCAAAGCAACCUACAUGGGGACACAUGUGUUGACACUCUGUCAUUUAAAUUAUCUAAGAAUAUAUUUGCAGUUAAUAUGAUUAGCAAGUUCUGCAAAGAGACUGUUGUCCUAAAGACUUGAUAUCACGAUUUCUUUUCCUCUCACCAGAAUUAUGGAAUAGAAAUUUGGGGAGCAACAACCAAAGCAAAUCUAAAUAAGUUAUUGCUACUUCAAAACAGGGUUGUAAGAAACAUGUGCACAGUGAAAUAUAAGGGAUUAUGCCAUGGUUUGUUUCAAAAAACUAUUGUGUUAACUGUAGUAAACAAGUACAUUCUAAAAGCCACAUUACUUGUUAAAAGACAGCAGCCCAACAUUUGUUCUUAUUUCCAUGAGUAAAAUUGCAGAAAUAAAGAAAAAUUUUCAUAAGCAGCCACAGAACAGAACUCUAUGAAAAGGAUCCACAAUAUGCAGGUUUAGAAUUAGCAAAUGCACUGCCCAGUACAGUAAUGACCCUUCCCACAAUGAAGCUUAAAUUUCAGCUGAAGAAACUCCUUUUACAAGUUCCCUUUUACCACAUCAGAGGAAUAUCAUCCUUUCAUGCAAAAUAAGAAAUGCUUUGAAAAAAUAUAUAAAUAGUUUUAAGCAAACCAUUUUAUUUUUUGUAAUCUAAUCAUUUUGUUAAUCAAUUACAUAUUUAGAAGAAUGUAUUAUUGUAUUAUGCGUCAAGAAUUCUAACCUGUAUUAGUACAUAACCAAUGAAUCAUAUGAUGUUAAAUAAAGUAUUAUUAUUAUUAUUA